UUAAAGAGCGACCUGCGCCUUCAUCUUCCUCCUCCCUCCCAUAUGCAUUUCUCCACCAUUAUUACGAGCCCCGCAAGCUACUCCCUCGUCUCUAAGUAUUAUCUAAACCAUUUUUUCAUCUCUCAACAUGGAUUUAACUCAAAAUCUCCACAAUAAUCCUUCUACUCUAGCUCACCUCUCUUCUUCUUCUUACAAUGAAGGCGACCACACCGAAACGCCGCGUUUCAGUGAAGACUUUGAUUCAACCUGCUCCACUCCCUACGUCAGUGCACCGUCGAGCCCCGGCCGUGGCCCCACGUCGGGAUACUUUUUCAGUGCGCCGGCCAGUCCCAUGCAUUUCAUUUUGUCUUCUGCUCUUUCCUCAAAGUCUCAUCUUUCGUCCGAGCCCUCAUUAAUAUCGGCGCAAUCGGAUGCUUCGUAUUUCGAGUUCGAGUUUUCGUCUCGCUUUUCCAGUAAUGGCUCUGUGACUGUCGGAUCCAUGAGUUCGGCUGACGAGUUGUUCUUGAACGGCCAGAUCAGGUCCAUGAAGCUCUCUUCUCACUUGCAAAGACCUCAGAACCUAGCUCCUUUAUUAGAUCUUGACGUCGAGGAAAACGACGACGGUUCAAACAAGCAGGAAGCCUCACGAGGAAGGGAUCUGGAGCUUCGAAGCAGGUCGAUCCAUAGAAAGGCGAGAUCUUUAUCACCGCUUCGAAACCCAGAGUUCCAAUGGGAAGAAGAUGAAGAAGAAGAGUGUAGCGGAGAAGGCCGGAAAGAAGUCAGUAAGCUCAAUUUUGAAGGCUUGAAAGAAACCGAACUUUCAAAGGAAACGACACCAUCUUCCUCUGCAUCUUCAUCAAGAUCUUCAUCUUCAGGCAGGAACUCCAAAAAGUGGAUAUUCCUGAAAGAUCUUUUGUACAGAAGCAAAAGCGAAGGGAGAGCGAAUGGGAAAGAAAAGUUUUGGACUUCCAUAUCAUUUUCAUCAUUAAAAGAGAAAAAGAUCCAAAUGGAACAGGAAAAGCCUCCACCUUUGAAACGUAAGCAAAAGGAAAAUAAACAAGGCGCGGGCAAGAAAGUGAGUUCCGGGAAACCGUCAAAUGGAGUAGCAAAAAGACGAGUCCCUCCGUCACCGCACGAGUUGCACUACACCACCAACAGAGCUCAAGCCGAGAAAGUGAAGAAGAGAACUUACUUGCCUUACAGACGAGGAUUAUUUGGUUGCUUAAGCUUCAGUUCGAAAAGUUACGGUGCACUUGACGGUCUCGCCAGAAGCUUAAAUCCAGUUUCGUCUAGGUAAUUAACGGUGGCCUUAAACCGAUUAAAAAAAAUAACAGGGUCCGUUUUGUAUAUAGUUUCUUUAAACUAUAUCAUACUGUCGUACGUAUUAAUUUAAUCUUAAGGUAGCCUAUGGUACAAAGAAGCUAUGUUAUGUUUUUAAUCAACACUGCUAAAGCUUCUUUUUGUUGUGAUUAAGGAAUUUUUAAGGUUAAUCAGUGGUACAA